CGUUAAGCAACCACCAGUGCGGCGUCGAUCUGCUGGUCUAUCCUGCCCCUGUCCAUCGGCACGAACACACGAGCAGCCGGGGGGAAUAAAAAAAAUAAAUAAAAAAUGAGGCCGUCGAUCGUGCUGUUCGGCGACUCCAUCACGGAGGAGGCGUUCGGGGAGGGCGGCUGGGGCGCGUCGCUUGCGAACCACUACUCCCGCUCCGCCGACGUCGUGCUGCGCGGCUACAGCGGCUACAACACGCGCUGGGCGGCGCGUGUGGCGGGCCGCGCCGUCGCCAGCAUCGCCGGCCCCGUCUCGGCAGUCACCGUCUUCUUCGGCGCCAACGACGCCGCGCUGCCCGACCGCGCCUGCGCGCUCCAGCACGUGCCCCUCGCCGAGUACAAGGACAACCUCCGCGCCAUCUGCGCGCUCCUCAAGAAGCGGUGGCCGUCGGUGGUCGUCAUCCUCAUCACGCCGCCGCCGGUGGACGAGGACGGGCGUCUCCGGUACCCGUACGCGCACGACUUCUCCGGCCUGCCGGAGCGCACCAACGCGGCGGCGGGGUUGUACGCGAAGGCGUGCCUGGAGGUGGCGCGGCAGUGUGGGCUCAGGGCCAUCGACGUCUGGUCCAGGAUGCAGAGGUUCCAUGGCUGGGAGAAGUCGUUCCUCAGGGACGGGCUGCACCUGACGCCGCGCGGCAACCGGGUGCUGUUCGAGGAGGUGGUGUUCGCGCUCAAGGACGCCAACCUCAGCCUGGAGGCGCUGCCGGCCGACCUGCCGCUCUUCGGCGACAUGGACCCCGACAACCCGGCCAAGUCGUUCGAGGACCACGAGUGAAGGCUCAUGCAUCAUGGCAAGACGACGACUACGACGACGGCUUCAAGUCUGGGAACUUUCUAAUGUUUGUUUUAAUUAAAAAAAAAUUGGGAACUCUGCGUCUGCGUUCUUCUGUCCAUGGAAUGUUCUGGAUGUGUCUUUUGUUUAUGGGAGCAUAAUUCAUGCAGUAGUGUUUAGUCUGUUGUAUUUGUUUCAGCUCCAUUCUUUUACCCAAAAAUUUCAAUAAUUUAAUUCAAAAAAAAUCAAUAAUACAAGCGGGUUUGUUUGCCUUUAUCACUAGUAUGU